AUGGUUAUUUUUAUGCCAUACUAUCGUCAACAUGGACAAAUAUUUCAUUCACAUCCACGUACUCGUCCAUCGUCAACACCACCAAAUGGACAACAUCAUCAUACAACAACACAUCAUACACUUCAUAUGAGUACUUGUAAAUUUGUAUCAAAUAUAUUAUGUCGUUUUAUAUUUUCGUUUUUUCUAUUUACUAUUGCAUUUAUUUUAUUUAAAUUCUCGAUAAAUAAUAUACCAAACAAGAAAGAAGGCUCAAAUGUUAUUGCUGCUAUUCUAUUAACUGUUGCUAUUGUAUCAUUUUUACGUACAUGUCAAACAUUACGACGUUAUUUUACAAUAAUGAGAACUAGGCGUCGAUUAAUUCAAAGAUUACGUGAACGACAACAAGCUUAUGAUUCAGUAUUAGCUGCAAAUAGUGAUCUUCAUUCUACUUUUAUCAUGGGCGAUAACACUGAUUUACCAUCAUAUAAAGAAUUGUUUCCUUCUCAUCCAGAUAUAAGCAUCGUUGGUAAUGAUCCAUCAUCAACAUUACCACCUCCAUCUUAUGACGAUUUUGUAAAAACGCUUGGCGUUCGUCAGCCGAUUACUAGACUUCCAAUAGCGUCAUUACGUCCUCAUGCAUUAUCAUUACCAACAACAAGUUUAUCAACAUCAACAACUCAAUCUCAAACUAGUCCAACACAAUGUAUAUGGAUAACUGAUCAUCAGGCACGAGGAACUGUUUGUAUACGUGGAAAUGUAACUUAUGUAUAG